UAAUAUUAUUCUCUCUCUUCUUCUCUCUCUCUCUCUCUUCUCUUUGGUGUGCUCGCGUGUUCCUCGCUUCAUAUCUAAGAACCUCCCUGAGCUCCAGGCCCCAACUCCCACCCCUCAUUGCUUCCCUUCCCAAGAAUUCCCAUAUCCACUCGAUUUUUGGCCUACUUGGUGGGUAGAGGAGAAGAAAGGAUCCCAUUCUCGCUAGAAAAAAAGUUGAAGUCUUUAGCUGCCUUGUUGCCCUAGUUUUGCUGGAACUUUUUUUUCAUCCAUCCUUUUUGUGGUUUUUUUGGUGAUCUUUGAAUUAGGGUUUGAUAAAUUUCGAUUUGGGCAAAGGAAAAAAAACCAGUUCUUGGAUCGAUCUUUGGUUUCUCCAGUGGGAAAUUGGGCUCCUUUUGAAGCCCACAUGUAACUGUGGGGCAGUUGUCUAGGGUUUCUUUUUUCUUAGUAUGUAUGGGGAGCACUGGCGAGCCGGACCGGAAGCGGCGCCAUUUCAGCUCCAUAUCCCCCACUGCCGGAGCAGCUGCCAAGAAGCAGCCGCUGGCACCUUGCUCAGAUGACAAGAAGCUUGAUGUUGCUGUCCUUCAAUACAAAAAUCGAAAGCUGGUCGAGCAAGUAGAAGCUCAGAAAGUUGAGUAUCUUUCUCUUGAGAAUAAAUUCAAUCAGCUGAAAGAGAAACAUACGAAUUACAGGGACACAUUACUUGUGGUCAAUAACUCCUGGGAGAGACUUGCUGGUGAUUUGGAAUCGCUUUCUGUUUGUACAAGUGGAUCUACAAAUGAUGGAUAUGAUUUAAGACAUCCUCAUAUGUUAGAAGAUGGAGCAUCCUGCCCUAUAGAGGAUGAUUUUUUAAGCAGACUCAUAGAAGCCGGUGAUACUGAAAGUUCAAAUUCUGUAUCCUCUAGUCAAAAGGAAGAUGGUGUAGCAGCAAUGCAGUUUAUGGCAAAAAAAAUCUUACAGAAAAUUAUAGCUUCAUUUAAUGAUGUGCGCCAUCUAAAUGAGGAACUUGCCGCUGCUGUCCUGGUGGCUCUUUCAGAAGAUGAGCCCAGCAGACAAUUACGGAAGACCACUAAUGAUCUGCAUGCAGAACUUGGGAACUUUGUAGUGGCAUUAGGUGAUCUUCAUCUGAAACACAGACCAUUGGCAGAUAAGUUUCAGAACCAUCAAGAUGCAGAUGCUAAAAAUAAGGCUGAGCAUAAACGUUUGACAGAGGAGUUGGCAAGUACUAUUGCUGAAUUGGAAGAAAGCAAUUGUAAACUGGCAACCCUCAAGGCACAAGAGGACACAACACAGGGGAGACCAUUUCUUUUUCCAACUUUAGGAAAUAAACAUGCUGGUGGAGAUAACGUCAGAGAUAAACAAAAAGAACUUCAAGAUCUGGAGUCUGCACUCAAGGAACUGACGAAUUUAGCUUCAAGCCGGCUGGUAGAGAUUAGGAGUCUACAUGAAGAAAGAAUUGAAAUUUUGAAGAAGUUAGCUAAGUUGCAGAAUACUUUAAUGGAUAUCAAGAAUAUAUCUUCAUCCAAAGCUUUUCAAUUGCUGAAUGAUCAGCUAGAAAAAUCAAAGGCAGAAAUGGAUCAGUGUCAGACAUCUUUGGAGAAAUUACAGGUUGAAAGAGACAACUUUGUUUGGCAUGAAAAGGAAAUGAGUUUGAAAAUUGAUCUUGCUGACAUAUCUUGGAGAGAAUCUGCCUUUUCUGAAUCUAGAACUGCUGAGCUAGAGCAGAGGUUACAGAAACUAGCUGAGGAAAGGAUUCUGUUGGAGACCAAGCUUGAAGAGGCUUCAAGAGAACCAGGUAGGAAAAAAAUUAUUGCAGAAUUCAAAGCACUUGUAUCAUCAUUACCUAAGGAUAUGGGGAUCAUGCAAAGUGAACUUAGUAAAUACAAGGAAGCUGCUUCAGAGCUCCAUUCUCUACGAGGAGAAGUUCAAUCUCUUUCUAGCAGGUUAAGGAGGAAGGAGAAUGAGCUGGAAUCUUUAUCUGAUAGAUCUGCCAACCAGCUUUCUGAAGUAAACAAACUGCAGACUGUGGUUCAAGAUUUAAGACAGACUAAUCAAGAGUUGAAGCUAUUUCUAGAGAUGUAUAGACGUGAAUUCACUGAUUCCAGAGAAGUGAUAGAAUCUAGGGACAUGGAAUACAAGGCAUGGGCUCUUGUUCAAAGCAUUAAGUUAUCCCUUGAUGAACACAAAUUGGAGCUUCGUGUUAAGGCAGCCAAUGAAGCUGAAGCAAUAUCCCAGCAGAGACUAGCCACUGCUGAAGCGAAGAUCGCAGAGCUGAGGCAGAAGUUGGAAGACUCUGGAAGGGAAAUAUGCAAGCACUCUGAGACUCUGAAAUCCAAACAUGAGGAAGGCGAAGCCUAUUUAUCUGAGAUUGAGAGUAUCGGGCAAGCAUAUGAAGACAUGCAAACUCAAAAUCAACAGCUGUUGCAGCAAAUCACAGAAAGAGAUGAUUACAACAUCAAGCUUGUUGUUGAGGGUGUGAGAGCAAGGCAACUGAAUAAUGCGCUGCGAACAGAAAUACAAGCAAUGGACCAAAAAUUGCAGCAAGUGAAUUCAGUCUUUGAUUUAUACAACCUGAAAGUCGGAUGCUUGGAUGAGCAGUUAAAAGUUUGGUCAGAGCAGGUUGCGCAACUUGCAGAGGAUGGGGGGAAAAAUUCUGUUAUUUUGGAGAAUGCCCAGAGGAGGCUAUUGGAUGUGCAGAGUGAGUCUCAGCAGUUGAGGCAAUCAUUGGAUGGAAUACAGAGGAAGGCGGAGACAAGCCAACUGGAUGUUAGUGAGCUGCUAAUAGAGCUAGAGAUGGAGAGGUUUAAUAGGAAGAGAAUAGAGGAGGACUUGGAAGUCAUGACAAGGAAAGCUGCACAUCUUAGGGCUCAAACUGAGGGCUCUUUAGUCCUGGAAAAGCUUCGGCAAGAAAUAAAGGAAUACAGGGGAAUCUUGAAGUGUAGUGUCUGCCUUGACCGGCAAAAAGAGGUGGUUAUUGCCAAAUGCUACCACUUGUUCUGUCAUACGUGCGUUCAAAGGACCCUUGAAAAUCGCCAACGCAGGUGUCCAACAUGUGGCGUGAGUUUUGGGCCCAAUGAUGUCAAACCUAUCUAUAUAUGAUCAGGAUGUGCAAGCUAUUUGUGCUGGAGAUGGAAAGCCAAGGCAUUGAGAUACGUGUGAACAACAGUUCCAUGGCUGUGCGCAUGCUUGUGUUUGUAACAUAUCUUUGGGAGGGGGAGGGGGAUUGAUUGGGUAGGUGAAUUUUCAGCCCCUCUCUAUCCAUGGCUGCUUGCAGGAAAUGGGUGGCCCAUGUUUAAGGUGUGGGUCUUUCUGCACAUGACUUUCAGGUCAUCUAUGUAAAGCCCCACGCGCAUCCAUUGAACUAUUGGAUCAGCCUACCCCCUCCAUUCAAUUGUUUCGAAGUACAGUGGAGAGCCCAUUGUUCCCUUGCAUACCUGGCAUUGUACAAUAUACAAUUAGUCGGGCUGCAAUAGCUAAUAAGAAAUUCUAAGGUUGCUCCGGUUGAUUCUAACAGUUUGCAUCAUGUACAUUUCUUUCGAGUGAGUGGCAUGGUAAAAUUUUGAUUGUUUGA